AUGACUCUAAUAGCAGUUGUCAACUUAUUUUACAUUUGGCCUGUUAAGCUCGGGUCCUCUCCCGCCAGGACUGCAACAUCCAGCCUCGUUCCGCACAUACGGCUGCACGCGCGCAAAGAGCUAGCAGAACUUAAAACUGCUCUAAGUGACGGUCUGCCAUCCCCCUUUGUUCGCCUCCACUGCGCGGAUCAGAUUGCUGACUGUGAGCAGCUGCGUCGCAAUGGCCGCUGCAGCACUCAUCUUCUAGAUGGUUUCCACACAUGCCUGUCAUCCUGCGGUGUCUGUCCCGCCCUGGAGCUGGCGCUGCGCAAGUCCAUGAACCUGACGGUACGGCAGUUGGUGGUUGUACGGCAGGCAGGCCCGCCACGGUGUGCGGAUGAGGCGAGCUGGUGCGAUCAGCUGGCAGAGACGGCGAUCACGGAGGGGGAGGCGGAAGCAGGGGGCAAAUCCGGAGGAGGACCAGCAGCAGCUGGAGCAGCGGCGGCGGCGGCUGCGGCGGCGGCAGAGUGCGCGUCGGGGCCAAUGCAGCUGGUCGGCGUGUGCAAGCAAUGCGGCUAG